GGCGACGGCAAUGUCCACUCGUUGCUGAUGUUCGACGAGAGCAAGCCAGAAGAGGUCAAGCGUGUCAAGCAGUUGGUCUACUCUUUUGCGUACGCCGCACAAGCGUUGGGAGGCACGUGCACGGGGGAACACGGGAUUGGUAGAGGCAAGCGAGAUCUGCUCGAGCGCGAGCUUGGCAAAGGCACCGUGGACCUCUUGCGUACGCUAAAGCGCACGUUGGACCCUCUCAACAUCAUGAACCCAGGAGCAUUGUAUCCAGACGAUUGA